AUGGAGAAGGCCUGGGCACCUAAGCAACACUUUAGAGACGCCUUGUUCUCCAGCGUGAUUGCGCCGGCACAGCUCUGUGGCUUUCUCUGCCUGGUGUGGGUUGCUGCUGCGGUUCCAGAGGACAGCAGAGGGAUGGCCGGGAGCGGAGCCAGGAGCCAGGAAGGCCGCCGGGAACAUGCCUUCAUCCCGGAGCCUUUUAAUGGAGCCAAUGUAGCCCCCCAGCUCUGGCUGCACCGCUUUGAGGUCAUCAACGACCUCAACCAUUGGGACCAUACCACCCAGCUGAGGUUCCUGAAAGAGUCCCUCAGGGGAGAUGCCCUGGGGGUCUACAGUGGACUCAGUCCUGAGGAGCAGGGGGACUAUAGGGCUGUGAAAGAGGCCCUGCUGAAGACCUUCGGGGGGCCCGGAGCCGCCCACCCCCACCUGCCCAAGGAGAUCGUCUUUGCCAACAGCAUGGGUAAGGGCUACUACCUGAAGGGGAAGAUCGGCAAAGUGCCCGUGAGGUUCCUGGUGGACUCUGGGGCCCAGGUCUCCGUGGUCCACCCAAACCUGUGGGAGGAGGUCACUGAUGGGGACUUGGACACCCUUCGGCCCUUUGAGAAUGUGGUAAAAGUGGCCAAUGGGGCGGAAAUGAAGAUCCUGGGCAUCUGGGACACGGUGGUGUCGCUGGGCAAACUGAAGCUCAAGGCCGAGUUCCUGGUGGCCAAUGCCAGCGCUGAGGAGGCCAUCAUCGGCACCGACGUGCUCCAGGACCACAACGCCAUCCUGGACUUCGAGCACCGCACGUGCACCCUCAAGGGGAAGAAGUUCCGCCUUCUGCCCGUAGGAGGGUCCCUGGAAGAUGAGUUCGACCUGGAGCUCAUAGAGGAGGAGCCCUCGGAGGAGGGGCGGCAGCAGCUCUCCUAUUGA